CGUUCGAAAGAGUAAGUCACACUGUCAAACCACUCCUAACAGCUUUCGUAUUCGUGCUGGAAUUUCGAAAUUUCGACUAAGCAGAUACUGUUCUAAAAACAACAAUAUGGAAAUCCAAUACAAUAGGAAAGUUCAAUUAGGAGAAGGUGGCUAUGGUUCAGUGUUUCAAGGAACGUUUAAAGGUCGUGAAGUGGCAGUCAAAAGAGUUCUCCUUAACAUGGCUAACGAUAAUGAGGAAGAAGCUUUAAGAAAAUUAGAUCACCCAAAUAUCGUCAAACUUUUCCACGUUGAGUGUGACAAGGAUUUCAAGGUAUUUGCUUUGGAGCUUUGCACCGCAUCAUUAGAUCAGGUAAUUCUAAGGCCUGAUCAUCCUGAAAAAUACAAAGGGCCUAAAUUGCCCUACCAUUUUGAAGUUUUCUCGCAAUUGGCUUCUGGUCUCGAGUACAUACAUUCCAAGAAUAUAAUUCAUCGAGAUAUAAAGCCGGAAAAUGUUCUCAUCUCGGUCAACUCCAGCACUAAUACGCAAGACGUUAAGGUAACAAUGAAAUGGGCUGAUUUUGGUCUGUCCAGGGCUGUGAAUGAGCGAGGGACAUACCCGAUGAGUAGUGGAGUAAAAGGAACAAGAAACUGGUACGCGCCCGAGUUGCUUAAACUACUACUUCAGGAAUCUCAAACGGGUGGGCAGCGGCAACUCAGAGGCACCGUCAAAAGCGACGUAUUUGCACUAGGCCUCGUCUUCGCUUAUCUUCUGUUAAACGGGCAACACAUUUACGGUUCUAAUGAGAUUGAAAUUAUUAACAACAUCUUGGGAGAUAAAGCGAUCAACAUGAAUAAAAUAGAACGAUGGCACUACGCAUAUGAUCUUGUUACCGAAAUGUUAAAAAACGAAGCUGCUGAUCGAAUAUCUUCAUCAAAUAUUGUUGAUAGACUCAAAUCAGAAGAAAAUAAGCUUGCAGAAAAAGAAAAGGAACUUUUUGAACUAUGUAAAAUAAGAUACCCAGCUACUUCCAGAAUUUUUCCUUCAACAAAUCAAAACGAAAAGUUAAAAACCUUGAUCCAGCAGGGGGUUGAUGUGAAUAAGAAAAACAAAGACGGAGACAACGCACUCCAUUUAUUGUGUUGUAAUAAUUCAAGCGAAAGAUUAAUCGACGCAAUCAAAAUAUUAAUCCAACACGGGAUCGACGUCAAUGAGAAAAACAACUACGGAGACAACGCACUCCAUAUAUCGUGUCUUCAUAAUUCAAGCAAAAGAUUAAUCGACGCAAUCAAAUUAUUAAUCCAACUCGGGAUCAACGUCAAUGAGAAAGACGAAGACGGAAGAAACGCACUCCAUUUAAUGUGUUGGAAUAAUUCAAGCGAAAGAUUAAUCGACGCAAUCAAAUUAUUAAUCCAACUCGGGAUCAACAUCAAUGAAAAAGACGAAGACGGAGACAACGCACUUCAUUAUUUAUGUCGUAAUAAUUCAAACGAAAGAUUAAUCGACGCAAUCAAAUUAUUAAUUCAACUCGGGAUCAACGUCAAUGAGAAAUCCAACAACGGAUACAACGCACUCCAUUUAUUGUGUCAAUUUAAUUCAAGCGAAGGAUUAAUCGACGCAAUCAAAUUAUUAAUUCAACUCGGGAUCGACGUAAAAGAGAAAGACAACUACGGGCACAACGCACUCCAUUCAUUGUGUUGGAAUAAUUCAAGCGAAAGAUUAAUCGACGCAAUCAAAUUAUUAAUCCGAAUCGGGAUCGAUGUCAAUGAGAAAGACGAAGACGGAAAUAACGCACUCCAUUUAUUGUGUUGGAAUAAUUCAAGCGAAAGAUUAAUCGACUCAAUCAAAUUAUUAAUCCGAAUCGGGAUCGAUGUCAAUGAGAAAAACAAAGACGGAAACAACGCACUCCAUGUGUUGUGCCAUGAUCGAUUGAUCUUUUUGGAAGUCAAAAACAACGUGACCCAUUUCACCACCGAAACAGGAAAACCUUGUACUAUCCCCUGCAAACCCACUCACCCUAAUGUCGCCGUCGAUCUCUUCUGGGGAAUGAUCUUUGAACUUUACGAAAAGGUCUAUAAUUACUUGAAGUCUAUGUGGAAACAUUUGAUUCCAACAGUGUAA